GUGCUUAGUAACGCGUCUUUGCGAUCAUCUACAACUCCACCCAAGUGAUUGACACAAACUUCGUCUUUGACCUUCAUCAUCGCCGUACACUACACUUUCCGGUGCCCUGGAAAAAGACCUACAGUUUACCCACAGCCAUGGACCAACCGCCUCUUUCUCCACCCGCCGAACCGACGCUGUCACCCACCGUCAAGCCAGUUUCUUUGGAUUCGCCGAUCCGCACGACUCCAAUCCACGAUCUGCUCCCGGAAGUCCGUGUCCCUCGCGAACCCUUAGAGUCCUACAAAUACGAUCCAGUCACCUGUACCGCAUUAGACCCAAAGGAAAUUCUUUCCCAGCUUCAAGAGCUACAACAGGAGUUCCCGUCUCCGUCCGAGGCUCUUAAGGCGCAAGAACUCGCAGUCAUGGAAGUGAAGCAAAGAAUGCAGGACGCAGAGAGGAAACGCGAAGAUGUUCAAAAAGCAAUCGACAAGAAGAUUAAGGAGCGCAAUACAGAGAUGAAAGUAUUGUCCAAGUAUCAGGAGGUCAAGGCUUCCGACAUUCCGUCUUGAAUUCGGAUCGAGUGCAUUGGGAUGGAUGAAAUCUUCAAGUUUUACCCAACCGUUUCGAGCGAGCCCGUGGCAGGGAAUACAACUCGAUGUGUCACUGUGCCGAUCGUCCCCGAAGCCGCGCCAACUGCUCGAUGACAGUUCGAGGAUGAGCGAUUACUUUCGCGACUACAUAGCCCAUUCGGCAUCUUCGCCUUCGACACAAGCCGUGGCAUAUUCUCAACGUACCUGGCGCGGAUGAUGGGCAUGUUGCUCGCACUUCGAGAGCUUCGUCCAGUAUGCCCAAAAUUCGGUAUUACUGGUAUGCGCCGAAUGGGACCCUCUCUGUCGACUCUUCUGAGUAGAGCUCCCACCUUGCUAUGCAAUCACCCGACCUGGAUAUAUCAGUAAAUCUAGGUCAGAGGAUCAGGGGCUCUUUGGAAUUAAAGCGUGUCCGGUGACCCUCUGGACACAAACAGCACUGAUAUGGUCCGACAAUAAUCGAUUCUUUCGAUGUUAGCGUUGAUAACACGUACAAUAUGCAUUUCAACAUUACAAGAUACACAUUAGCAUUCAUUGAAAUUGUCCAAUAUUUUCGCCCAAAUUGGUUAAAUUAACCUUUGUUCCCUAUACACGAGGUGCUGUUAGGAUCCUGAACGAUGACUGUUGUAUCAAAUGGUGGCUAUAUCUCUCUAGGCAAUUGUGCGAAACCUGUCCCUAAGCCUUUUUUUUUUUUGGACAAG